CCAGAGGCAGAUCCUGGCUGUCGGUGCGAAGCUUUAAAACAUGCUGAGCGUUUCUCUCUCUGAUGAUCCGCCGGUCGCCACCAAAACGAGUUUCUUCGUUUGUUUCACCUCCUGCAGGAUGGAGCAGAUUCUCACUGCAGAAGAGAUGCUGUUUAUGAAUGGACUGAGUGGAAAUGUUGCAGAACCGAACUGUGAUCACCAGCCCUCAUUCGAUUGGCCCACUCAGGAAUCCGAGCUGCAGUACUGCAGUCUGACCAGCAGGGGGCAGAUCAACUCACAGGCUGCCGCUGCUAGCUCCGUCCAUCCUCUGGUCCCCCUCCUCCUCCUCAGCGACAGGCACCUCCCCCUCCGCUCCCCCUACCAGCCAAUCAGCAGGCCCGUUGCCCGGCAGGCCGACCCUCCCUCCUGGACACGCCCCUGUUACCACGGCAACAGCGUUUCCAGGCAGUCGGUGAAGAAGCCGCUGAACGCCUUCAUGCUCUACAUGAAGGAGACGCGACACCAGGUGCUGCAGGAAGGACGGGAGAAGGAGAGCGCCGCCAUAAACCGCAUCCUGGGACGCCGGUGGCGCGCUCUGCCUCGAUCGGAACAGUCCCGGUUCUACGAUCUGGCCCAGAAGGAGCGGCUGCUGCACAUGCAGCUCUACCCCGGCUGGUCUGCCAGGGACAACUACGUACGUACCAAACAUCCUGAACACUCACAGCACACACCUUCAGGAAAAAACUCAGGUUUUCCUUCGUUUCCAGGGAAAGAGGAAGAGGAAGCAGAUGGCGGGAAACUCUUCCAGGUCAGAGGUCAUCUGCACCCAGGUUCAAUGAUCCAGCCAAGAGUCAGACAGCAGCUGCUUGUAAAGAUUUUAUAGACGAUAAUCUGAAACUCUGCACUGAUGUACAGUAAAAAUGAGACAUGGGAAAUGUUUGGGAAUAUUGCAACGUUCUUUAAUGUUCAAAUAAUAUUAGGCAGUCCCGAUCAGAUAUUGAUGUUGAAUAUCGGUCCGAUAUCGGCCAAAGAAAUGAGCAUCGGAUUUAAAUGGAAUGGAUCAAUAAUCUCAGACAGAAGCAGGUCGCUGCAGCAUUUAGUCCGCUCCAACGUUUAGUCCGCUCCAUAUUUUCUGUCCCGGUUCAUAAUAAAUGGGUCAGUUGUUUUCAUACCUAAUGUUUUGACUAUCAUGUUCAGUUUGAAUAAUUUUAAUUGAUGAAGCUUCGUCUCACUUUUCACAAUACAAAAUAAAUAAUAAGUUUCAUCCUGAUAUCGUAUCAGAUAAAUAUGAUCACAGAUAUAUCGGUAUUGAUUUGGAAAUGAAAGUUUUAUUGAAACAUCUUCAUAAUAUCCUGUUUGAAUCCAAUGAGUGUAACCAUGGAAUCCAUUUAAAUGUUUUAUUUUUAUAAAAAUUCACAUUUAAUCAGUUUAAUUCAUGUAAUCCAAAUAAAUCAUUUCAUUCCCGACUGGAAUACAACCAACAACCUGACAGAUUUGGAUGACCGUUUUGUUACUUUUGUUUAAAAUUAUUCUGAAAAGGCUCAAAAAUAUUCAUACACCUCUAAAGCUUCACCACAUCCUGGAUUUCACCUCCGGUAUUCGAUCGCUCGUCUUUCACACUCCACUCCAGCAGGUGGCAGUGAUGCGCCUUCACCGGUUCCACUAAGAAGUUAAAGAACUUGGAAGCAGCAAAAAGGAAAAAACUUCCAUAAUAUCCUGCAUGCCAUCUUUUCUUUGUCCUGUAAAGUGAAAUUUUAUUUUCUGUUUUUAUUCAAGUGUUUCCUCCUAACCUGAGUUUUUCCUGUAAUUAGACGUAGUUUGUGUUUCAUAUAUUGUUAAAUAUUUCCUUCCUCCUGUCUGGAUAUUUACUGUGAAAAUAAAGAAAGUUUCACCAUCUGA